AUGCGGUCCUUUUUCAGAAGGCCUUCAUGGGCCAACACCGAAGAUGGGAAUUCGUCCCCUGACUUUUAUCGCAGAGCUGACCAAACAUAUGGGGACAUUGUGGCCGCUAGUCGGGAGGCUCGGAUUCGGUCUGUCAAUCAUGGUUGUGAUCACUUCCAAGAUGAAAUGGCAGGUAGGGGCCAGCAUACUACGGAAGAUGAGCAUCAUGGGGACGUGGCCUUUUCGAUUUCACCCGAAACCACGCAAGUGACAAGUUUCCAAAGCGAUGGGCCUAUCUCCAGAGUCACUAGUCACAGCGAGAUAGGUGAGGACAACGCUUGCAGAAGCUCGUCCACGAAGGUUCUCAGGCCAAAUGACAUGAGCGUGGCUGGUGUGUCACCCUCCCGGACUAAGAGACUACUCCAGGCCCAAUCGCCACCUCGUAGUCCUUGUGUUGCGAACACAUCCUUUCGAACACCAAGAACCACCGAACAGAAUACCCCGCUCGCAUCGCCUACCCAUGAACAUGACCAGUACGGCGAUAAUGACUCUCUUUCCAAAUCGGAGAUCAGACAUAGCAAACGCCAAGAGGACGUGACAGUCCAGAUCCUCAUAUCCUCGAAAAUUGCCAAUACAAAGUCUCUUGUUAUCAAGCGAAAGAUUUAUCAGCCCUUAAAAGAGGUUCGUCUUGCAUGGUGCGAACAUCAGAAGUUACCGCGAGCACUACACCCCUUUGUGUUCUUGACCUGGAAAGGUCGAAGGCUGUUUGAUGUCACAACAUGCAAAAGCCUAGGAGGCCAUACAAGCGGGGAUCCUGGAGCCUCCACAUUCCGUGAUGACCAUUCGGACGACUUUGGUUGCAUCCAUAUUCACAUGGAAGCAGUCAUGGAUGACCAAGCCCCCAAUUACCCAUUGGCGUCAUCCAAGCCUUCGCCAGGAUCCCAGCAGGAGUACGCAGAUCUUGAAGGAGACAAGACCGAAUGUGGGUCAUUUAAACUAGUCUUCAAGUGCCCUGGUCAUGCAGAUUACGAGAUGUAUGUCGGGUCACAGAUGCGAAUUUCUCAGCUGGUAGCAGCCUAUCGUGACAUACACAAUAUUCAUGCAGAGCAGACCAUAUAUUUCACAUUUGACGGUGAAUGCCUUGACCCCAACUCCUGCCCUGCAGACCAUGAUAUGACACACGAUGAUCUUGUGGACGUUAUCAUAAAAUAA